GCGAGGAGUCUGUGAAACAAUGAAAGCAUGAGAAAAUGUGCUUGAUAGUGGCUUGUAAUGCGUUUCCAUUACACGUGUAGUAAUUAAAACAUUAUUACCGUUUACCUUAGAACUGCUUAUAAUAUGAGAUGCGGACAUUCAGCCUUCGGUAUAAGCGAAGCUUCGAAAGAUCCUAAUCACACGCCACAGGAUAAUUUUACACUAAUAUGAAUAAAUGGUCUUCGCAUAUAUCUCUUUGUUUGGGGGAAUAUAAUGCUAAUCUCACGGCCUCACGAAAAAUAAAGCACAUUCUUUGAAACGUAUAUUCUCGUUCGUAAAUCGUGACAUUUUCUCUGCCCUUAGCCCACGCCUACGUAUUUUAAAACCUCCAGACGAAGCCGAGUCUGCCGUUUUAGGCGCAAAAAUCGUUAGCGAAAAAACAGUUACCCAUUUAUGCAUUAAUAUAUUAAUAUAUACGGCAAUGAGGUUAUGCGCUGACCUGAAGCCACAGAAAUAACCAGAGACAGGCCACUGGCCAAUUUUCUCGAUACAAUAGUGGUUUACGGGUUGUUUGCGAUAUCGAAAUACGAGAUUGAUCGCUCAUCAUAUAUUACAUUAUUUAGCCUAAGCUACUGUUGCAAACGUGAGCAAAUUCCAGACCGUACAGCCGCAUUCCAGUCUCGCAAUAAUAAUAAUAACAACAACAAUAAUAAUAGAUCCCCAUGACUGCAGCAUCAAUAAUCUGUGAGACGCCUCCUUUUCAGAUCCUGUGACCAUCAGGAGCUGGAGCCGGGAGUCUGGAAGCUCCGCUCCCCAUCGCCGUCACCCCUCCUCCGGCGGCGCCUCUGCGGGCUUUGAUUGGAUCAGAGCCGGUUACCCUUUCCCCUCUAACCCGGCCAUGUCGGCCGCUUCCUGCUCUUUCUGCACCGCCGCCGGAGCCGCGUUCAGCACAGACACAUUGCAUGUCGGUCAUCGGAGGCUCCCGUUAGCGCCGAUUCGGUCACCCUCGCUUUGCACACUGAUAUUUCCAUAAAACAAAAGCACGGCAAUGAGAAGGAAGUCCAGGAUACUGUUAUGCUUCGCCGUCCUCUGGGUGCUUGGCAUCGCUUACUAUUUUUAUUCGGGGACAGCGUUGUCUCGGAAGGAUGACUGGAGUGCCAUGGACUCGUCUAACCAGAAUCAGGCCCACAGCAACGUCGAUGAGAAGGCACGUGGUCCGGAGACACUACCUCCAGGGAAGGUGAGGUGGCAGGACUUCGACCAGGACCUAUAUGUGGGGGCGACGAUGGUCAGGCCGGGUCAGGACCCCUACGCUCGCAACAAAUUCAACCAAGUGGAGAGCGACAAGCUCAGGAUGGACCGUCCCAUCCCUGACACCAGGCAUGACCACUGUCGACACAAGUCAUGGAGGACCGACCUGCCGACGUCCAGCGUGGUCAUCACCUUCCAUAACGAGGCGCGGUCGGCGUUGCUGCGCACCGUGGUCAGUGUCCUGAAGAAAAGUCCCCCUCAUCUUGUGAAAGAGAUUAUCCUGGUGGACGACUACAGUGACAAUCCUGAAGAUGGCUCCUUACUGGGCAAGAUCGAGAAAGUGAGAGUCCUUCGCAAUGACCGGCGUGAAGGACUGAUGCGGUCCCGGGUUCGAGGAGCUGAUGCUGCCACUGCGACUGUGCUGACCUUCCUGGAUAGCCACUGCGAGUGUAACGAACACUGGCUGGAGCCGCUGCUGGAGCGGGUGGCUGAGGACAGAACAAGAGUCGUCUCCCCCAUUAUUGACGUGAUCAACAUGGACAACUUCCAGUACGUCGGUGCCUCCGCGGACCUCAAGGGAGGUUUUGACUGGAACCUGGUCUUCAAGUGGGAUUACAUGACUCUGGAGCAGCGGAGAGCGCGCCAGGGAAACCCCAUUGCCCCCAUCAAGACACCCAUGAUAGCUGGGGGGCUCUUUGUCAUGGACAAGGACUACUUUGAGGAGCUGGGGAAGUACGACAUGAUGAUGGAUGUGUGGGGUGGAGAGAACUUGGAGAUCUCCUUCCGCGUAUGGCAGUGUGGGGGCAGCCUCGAGAUCAUCCCCUGCAGCCGCGUGGGCCACGUCUUCCGCAAGCAGCAUCCCUACACCUUCCCUGGGGGUAGCGGGACGGUCUUUGCCAGGAAUACCCGGCGAGCUGCUGAGGUGUGGAUGGAUGACUACAAGAACUUUUACUAUGCAGCUGUACCCUCGGCCCGGAACGUCCCAUACGGCAACAUCCAGAGCCGGUUGGAGAUGAAGAAGAGACUGGGCUGCAAGCCUUUCAAGUGGUACCUGGACAACGUCUACCCUGAGCUGCGAGUUCCCGACCACCAGGACAUCGCCUUUGGUGCCUUGCAGCAGGGAAGCAACUGCCUGGACACACUGGGCCACUUUGCCGACGGCGUGGUGGGCGUGUACGAGUGCCACAACGCUGGGGGCAACCAGGUACCAUUCCGCGCGCAGGAAUGGGCCUUGACGAAGGACAAGUCAGUGAAACACAUGGACCUCUGCCUGACCGUGGUGGAGCGGGCAACUGGCUCCCAGAUCAAACUGCAGGGCUGCAGAGAAAAUGACAGCAGACAGAAGUGGGAGCAGAUCGAAGGGAACUCCAAACUGCGGCACGUGGGGACAAACCUGUGCUUGGACAGCCGCAAUGCCAGGGGUGGGGGGCUCACUGUGGAGACAUGUAGCCCCUCCCUCUCGCAGCAGUGGAAGUUCACCCUCAACCUGCAAUCCUAAAGGCCACGUCCCCCUCGGUCCUCGACCACCACCCUGCCACGCCCACCCCCCAACAGGAAAAAGACACCAUCACCAAGAACGAUGCUUAUCAUGUACUGAAGACAGGGGCCCGAUGCCACAGAUCGACACAGCGAAAAGCCCGAGUUUGAAAAAGAGUAAGAGAACGUGGCAACAGGCCGAUUUCCAUCCAACUAUAUACCUCACUGUUCCAUCCCGGUCCAGUUUCUGGAGAGUUGAUUUUUCUUUCCUGAUUAUAGUGAAACGGAAUUAUUUCCCUUUUUUCUGCUUUUAAUUAUUUUUAAACAUUUCUUUUCCCUGCAUUACUCUGCAUUCCUCGGAUAAGGACUUACUGAUUUUUCAUCCUGUCGAAUGUAUUAAAAAAAAAAAGAAAGGAAAGACGACAUACUUUGACGAUCGGACAGUGUCAGGCCGACUUUGGGGGGAGGGUGGGAGGGGGCGCUGCUGCAGUUUUUUCGGUUCCGUUCCGGGUUGAAUCGCUUUCUGGAAGAGCCGCCUUGGGGAGCUGGACCGACUGCCCGGUGCUGACUCUCCUACCUUCCGUUCGCAUCCAGCAGCUCUGUGGACGGGGUUCGGGGCGGGGAAAGACUUACUUUUGUUGUACGAGGUACACCCGACGGCACUCUGUAUAAUAUAAUAAUAAAAAAAAUUAAAAACUGCUUUAAGCCAGGGUGUCGUACAUCAAAGAACGGGGAAAGGGUUCAAGGAGCUGGACGCUUGUGCCGCUGGACCUUAGUGGAGCGUAGCACUGGCUGCUACUGAUCCUCACUAUCUAACUGUCCCCGAAGUACUCUGCCGCAGUAUGGAGAACACAAAUAUAUUUUCACUAUUAUUACUAUUAUUGAUUUACGUAAAUAUUACGAAAACUUCAAAAUCAGUGCAUUAUCUGUUAAUGUUGUCGUUACUUCUGACAUUAAAAUGUUUCUUUAAUUACGCUACGUAGAGUAAUUGACUUAACUAAAUAUGAACUGAUCCCUGUUAUGAUCUCUUACCCCGCUUUGACUUUUUUCGGGUUUCUUUUUCGCUUGAUGUGGCUCUUGGUGAUAUCACUGUAUUUCCAUCGGCUGAGUGACUUCGGGAAUGGGCCUUUUACAGGGUAUUAAGGACGAUGCUGCGAUCGCUGUCCGAAAUGUGCAUUGCGUUCAUUGUGCGUGUGUGUGCGCGCGCGCGGGGGGGUAUGUGUGCGUGUGUGUUUCCCAGUCUCUGGAAUUUUUUUUUAUUUUUUAUUUUUUGACACUAUUGGAGGUCUAACGCUUGUAACACAGGCAGCAUGCAUGCAUACUGUUAUUGCGCUGCAUGUUGUGCCGGUACUUGAGAGUUUGAUCCUUGGUCUUUUCCAACCUUAGCAAUUUGCCUUUUUCGGUAUGAAUCACACUGUAAGCGAGAGCGCUGACUUUGUUUUCCUGUAUGCAUCUUACAAACGGAUCGGUGAAGGAGCAACGAACUGCCAGGUUACUGGAAUUACAACAUCUGGACAACAGUAAAGGAGAACAUCUGGACCGCUCAUGUCCGCCUUAAUAGCAGAAACUUUUUAAAAUGUGACAGACGGCAACGUCCGUGGCUUCAGCAGAAAAACAAGCCGAAAUGACUUCUGCCAGUAGGGAAGAAUUACAACAUUGUGGGAAAUUAUUUUUGAAACAACUUUGGUAAUUAGAUGUUCGCUUUCACUACUUUAAAAACAUAUGUAUAUGUAACAUGUAUAAUGUUACGCACACAUGUAUAAUAUGUAUAUGGGUGUAUAUGCCCAGUAGUUUUUUUUUCUGGUUUCGCGGAGAAUUUCUGCAUUUCCUGGGCAGUCAGCGUGUUCAGCAGGAAACGUCGGCGCCGGCUUAUCGCGGCUUGUCACAGGUCACUCUUAUAGAUGGACUUUAAUAUGUCGCUCGGGCAUUGCGACGCGGUCUCGCUUUUUUGCUGUAGCACUCUUUCAGAGUCUGCUAAAGGCUGAUAUUUUUAAGAUGCUCACAUGGAGUCCGAAAAUAACUUCUUCAGCAUUUUCCUGUCGUCUUGAAAUUGGACGGCAGGAACUCUGGAGAGCCUGAGCAUUAACUGGACUCAUCGUUCAGCGGCCGCCGCUGCAUAUGGAGGCCACCUGAAUUCCAUUUCUUGUGUGAACUACAUCGCAUAUUUCUUUUAGUAACUACAUUAAAGUGUUUGAAUCAAGCUUUCUUAUUUUGUAAAAUGCUCAAAGGAAACUCAAAGUUUUAGUUUUCAUUUUUACGGGAAAAAGACCUAAUUCACGAAUGACAGCUACUUUGAUAGUUUUUAAUUGGAUGAAAUGUUUACAUAGCACAAUGUGCCAAAGUUAUUUACUGUUUUAUUUAUACUUUCGAUACAUCUGUGCAAGAGUCAGUCGAUGAUGCAGAAUACAGAAACCCAUUGUUAUCUUAACGAGCCGUAAUAUUUCAUGUUUUGAUUCCAGUGAAAAUGAGUAUUAAUCACUGUAGGGAAACGCAAUCAAUUAUGUAAAGAGUUUGGGGUCGGGAGGCGGGUUGCAGAGCUGAGAAGGAGUUUAUAAAACCGUGAAACAGUUACAUAAUCAUGGCGAAGCUAUCAUUUAUUAUUGUUAUUAUUAUUAUUAUUAUUAUUAUAAAUACCUAGUCUAUUAAUUUUAUUAUAUUAAAUCUAUAAUAAAAUUGUAGUUAAGUCUGGUCUACUGUAUAGCGCUUGUAAUUGUUCUAUGUUUUAUAGAUAUGGCAGAAAUUCAACUUUGAAUGAGGACAAAAAAAUAAGUUAAAUAAAUGCAUUUAUACAUAAA